AUGAAGGUGUUCAUAGCUACAGUCGUUUUUACUCUAGCCUUCGUGGCUACUUAUGCCGAAAUUGCUACAAUAGAGGAUAUAACUGCCUAUGAUUAUCAUAGGAGAAUUGGUAUCCCAGAAGCAGCAAGAAUUAAGAAAUUAGAGGAUGAGGCUAUUAAAUCUGGGGAUUUGCAGAGCAGAAUCGUUGGUGGCAGCAUUACCGAUAUUUCACAGGUUCCUUACCAGGCCGGUUUGGUAAUCACCAUGUUAUGGGUGCUGACCUCAGUAUGUGGAGGGUCUUUGAUUUCCCCCACCCGUGUAGUGACCGCAGCUCACUGCUACACAGACGGAAGUUUAACCGCUCAGUCAUUUACUGUUGUUCUCGGAUCUAACUUUAUUUUUAGUGGUGGUGUACGUCAAACAACCACAAAUUUUGCCGUCCACCCCAACUGGAACCCUUCAACCGCUGCCAAUGACAUUGCUGUACUCCGCAUCAAUGCAGUCUCCUCCUCAAAUGUGAUACAACCAAUUGCCCUUCCCAGUGGCAACGAGCUCUCUAACAAUUUCCUUGGACAGACUGCACUUGCUUCUGGAUUCGGCAAAACAUCUGACAAUGGCAAUAUUGGUUCCAACCAACGUUUGAGCUCCGUUAAUCUACCCAUUUUGGCUGACGCUGAGUGCUCAAGGGUCUACUCUUCAUGGUAUCACAACACUAAUAUUUGCACUAGCGGUGCCGGUGGUCGAGGAACAUGCCAGGGUGAUUCCGGUGGCCCUCUAGCUGUCAAUAGCGGUGGCAGAAGAGUUUUGGUGGGCGUUACAUCAUUUGGUCAUAGAGAUGGCUGCUCCGUUGGUUAUCCUGCUGCUUACGCUCGAGUUACGUCAUAUGUAUCAUGGAUCAAAGCUCAGUAA